AUGACGAUGAACCCUAACGAAGACAAAGAGGAUCGAAUCAGCGGGCUUCCAGACCACAUCAUCCACAAUAUUCUUCGAUUUAUACCCAUUAGAACCGCCGCACAAACUAUGAUCCUUUCACACCGUUGGAAGAACGUUUUUUCUUCCAUUCCCGACCUCGAUUUCACAACCAUCCUUGCUUCUCCGCCUCCUUUGGAUUUCUCAUCUCAUUAUAUGAUUGAAUUUGACGAGAUGGUCAAUGAUAGAGACAUCAAUUUCCUCACCAACACACUAUCUCUCCGCAACAACAACUUUACUAUCAGAACCCUAAAAUUGAUAUCUUCUCAAUUGAGUUGCAUGGCCUUCAAAUUCAUAAUGAUAUACCCCAAAUUCAUUGAUAUUGAAGAGCUAGACGUGAGGGUACAUGACACACAUUACUUCAAUAUCCCGUGGAGCAUCAUCAGACGUGUGAGAGUUUUAAAGUUAAAUAUCAUGUUUUUAAACUUUGAUCGCGUUAUUAAACCGUCAUUGAUGAAGAGAGAAUUCAAAUUUCUCCACACAAUGACCCUACACAAGGUAUCUUUCCUUCUUCUUUUCCAUGAUAAUCACGUAUUCACAGAUACCUUGUUUCCGUGUUUGAAGAAGUUGAGAAUGGAAUGGUGUUUCAGUGUGAAAAAACUUACCUUAAGAUGUAGUGGGUUGAAAGAUUUGGUCAUAAAGAAUUGUUGUGACCUUAAUGAAUUGGAUAUCUAUGGAUUAAACUUAGAGAGAUUGAAGGUAGAAAAUUGCUUUAAAUAUAUCUCCGAUCACACUAAGGUCAAGAUCAUUGCUCCUGUAAUGAAGGUUCUUAAAUGGGUGAAUGUUCAUUCAACUCUUACUUCUUUUCUCUUGGAGAAAUCAUAUCUAUUGGAGAAGGUUAUCAUUGGUUUAUUAUAUAAAACCAUCCUUAUACCACCCAAAGAUGCACAAGAAUUGUGCAAUAUGAUGAAUGGUUUAUCUCAUGCUAGGUUUUUAAAGUUUAAUUAUGCAUCUAUUGAGAUGAAUGACUUAAACAACGAUAAAUAUUGGGAAGAACAACUUUUGGAAAUGCAUUCUUUUCUUAAUCAUAUAAGGAAGGUUAAGUUGGACGUGAUUUUUGAAUCUUAUGAAGACAAUAUUAGUCUUGCAAAGUUUUUACUAAAGAAUGGAAAAGUUCUCGAAGAAAUGGUUUUGUGCAUCGGAUUAAAUACUCUAAUAGGAUUGGCUCGUCACAAAUUGAUGAAGUCUGAUUUAAUGGAAUGUUCUUCGGCAUCUUCUAAAGCUAAGCUAGUAUUUCAAUAA